AUGACCGAGCAGCCCGAUCCGACUGCAGACCAAGGCGUGGUUGGCAGCAAGGAGCAAGUGACAAGGCCAUGGAUGAUGACGAUCGUCGGCAAGGUCUUUAGUGGGUCCCCACGCAGUACGACGCUGCCCAAGGAGCAUCGAUCGUGGCAAGACGUUAAGGCCGAUGUUCAAUCGAUCGACGAGAAGCUUGUGGUGCCCAACGACUUUGGGACCAUCAACAACAGCCGUAUGACGGUGCCGCGAGGCUGCUUCCAAGCGACCGAGGAAGACGAUACCAGUCUGCUUCAAUGA